UCUAGAGCCGCAGUCGCCGCUAUGGGCAUAGCGCUGUUUUAAGAGAGAGUAAAAAAGAGGAAUUAUUCGUUUGUAAAAGAUUAAAAAAGUUAAUUCUUUACAGAGUCGAAAUAAAAGUAAGACUAAAGGGAGAGACAACGAUCGAAAUGUGUGUGGUAUAUACCCGGUAGAAGAGUGGAGGAAAGGAUGGGUUCUACACCAACAGCGUCAAGCAUGCAGUGAUUGGCUAGUCAACAGCCCGCCUUUUCAACUCAUUCUUCUGGUUACCCCAUCCCCUGUCAUCGGAGAGGAACUUUCAUGGUGAUCUCCUCAACAGUAGCAUGAGAUAUAUGCCGUCCCCAGAACAUUUGGUUAAGUGGUGAAAUUUAAGGGGACGUCAGCGCUUCUGCCGAGAGGCUCAGGCUGCCCAUGGCUCGGGUCCCGACCCCGCCUCCUCCAGGGGAGACGUCCAGCGGAGCUGUGGCUGAGAGCUGGUGCUACACACAGGUGAAAGUAGUGAAGUUUUCCUACAUGUGGACCAUAAACAACUUCAGUUUUUGUCGAGAGGAGAUGGGGGAGGUGCUGAAGAGUUCAACCUUCUCGUCGGGUCCCAACGACAAGAUGAAGUGGUGCCUGCGAGUGAACCCAAAGGGACUCGAUGAUGAAAGCAAAGAUUAUCUCUCACUGUAUCUACUGCUUGUUAGUUGUCCAAAAAGUGAAGUCAGAGCAAAGUUCAAGUUUUCUUUGCUGAAUGCAAAAAGAGAAGAAACUAAAGCUAUGGAAAGCCAAAGAGCAUAUCGAUUUGUUCAAGGGAAGGACUGGGGCUUCAAGAAAUUUAUCCGGAGAGAUUUUUUGCUUGACGAAACAAAUGGGCUCCUACCAGAUGACAAGCUCACGCUGUUCUGUGAGGUCAGCGUGGUCCAAGACUCUGUGAACAUCUCCGGCCAGUCAAACAUGAACAUGCUGAAGGUUCCGGAAUGCCAGCUCUCGGACGACCUGGGAAACCUGUGGGAGUGCUCGAGGUUCACCGACUGCAGCCUCAACGUCGGGGGCCAGGAGUUCAAAGCUCACAAAUCCAUAUUAGCAGCCAGAUCACCCGUUUUUAAUGCCAUGUUUGAACACGAAAUGGAAGAAAGUAAAAAGAACCGAGUAGACAUAAGCGACGUCGACCCGGAUGUUUUUAAGGAGCUGAUGGGUUUCAUCUACACAGGAAAAGCACCAAACCUGGAGAAAAUGGCUGACAACCUGUUGGCUGCAGCUGACAAAUAUGCUCUGGAGCGCUUAAAGGUGAUGUGUGAGGAAGCACUGUGCAGCAGCUUGUCGGUGGAGAACGUGGCCGACAUCCUCAUCCUCGCCGACCUGCACAGCGCCGAGCAGCUCAAAGCACAAGCCAUAGAUUUCAUCAACAGGUGCAGCGUGCUUAGACAGCUGGGCUGCAAGGAUGGAAAAAACUGGAAUAACAAUCAUGCAACAGACAUAAUGGAGACUGCGGGCUGGAAGUCAAUGAUCCAGUCCCACCCCCACUUGGUGGCAGAGGCCUUCCGUGCGCUGGCCUCGGCACAGUGCCCCCCCUUCGGCCUGCCCAGGAAGCGCCUAAAACAGUCCUGACUGCCCAGCUCCCUUCAGAGACUUUCACACGGAGAAAAUAUAAAAAGGAGUCUGCCGCCAUUUCUGGGGCCCCCCCCAACACAGAGCGAGAGCGGGGAUGGAACCGCUUGUGUUCCGGUGCGGUUCCCCCCUGCUCCCCGGGUGGAGAGAACAUGGAACGUGACACCAUGGGUUCCACUUCGCUUCUUCAACCAGUGGAAGUUUGGUUUUGGUCUUUCAGCUUUACUUUGCAAUCUUUUUUUUUUUUUUCCUGUGAUUUCAAAAGGCCUUAAACUGUCUGCCGUUGCUCCAGAGUUUAUAUUGUUACUUCUAUUUAACUGUGUGCCUGUCUUGUCAAAAGAGACCAGACCUCUUCCUCCAGUUUGCACUAGUUCCCACAAAUGCAACAGUUUUGAUAUGGAGUUCCGUAGGAAUGUGUCAAUAAUGUGUUUGAUUAUUGGGAAAUAUCGUGUAUCCGUAAUGUUUAGCUCCUUUUGUGACUAGACAUUAAAAAAAAGUGUGAACAUGUUGAGUGCAAGGUCAUUUCUCUUUACACUUUUUAAAAUAACAAAUAUGCCCCAUAUUGAUGGCACCAUUUUCAUGGAAAGGCAAGUUUAACAUCUGCAAAGGACUGGAGUAAAAGUACAUUACGGCUGUGAGGUGGAAGUACCUGUGAAACAAGGAAUGCGAUAAGAAAAUUAUGUAUGCUGUAUAUAACAGA